AUGUUAUCUGAUGAAACUCCAGAUUUAUCUAAUGUAAGAAUGGACCCUUGGUCCUUUUGGAAGUCAAUAAAUAGCCCAAAGUUCAUAGUGGCCCCAAUGGUUGAUCAAAGCGAACUCCCAUUCAGGUUACUAUGCAGAAGAUACUCUGCAGACCUUGCAUACACCCCUAUGCUACACGCAAAGAUUUUCUCAGAAAACGAAAACUAUCGCAAUAUCCACUUCCACACAUCUAGCGAUGAUAAGCCACUAAUUGCUCAAUUCUGUGGAAAUGACCCGUCUGCCUUUAUUUUGGCCUCUUCAUAUAUAAAAAAUGAUGUUUCUGCAAUUGAUAUUAACUUGGGAUGUCCACAGGGGAUUGCAAAAAAGGGAAGAUAUGGCUCAUUUUUGCUUGAAUACCCCCAAUUAAUAACAAAAGGAUUCGCUUCAGUCGACACUAAAUUUAUGUUAUUCACUAGAGGUUGGUUAUUCAGUGUCCAAAGUUGUCAGGCGAAUGGAUGUAAAGCCUUAACAGUACAUGGCAGACACAGAAGUGAAACCAAAACAAGAAUAAGUGAAUGUGAUUGGGACUCAAUCAAGAUAAUUAAAUCAAGGGUCAAUAUACCUGUAAUCGCAAAUGGAGGUAUUGAAACGUUUGAAGAUGUGAAAAGAUGUCUAGACUACACUGGUGCUGACGCAGUAAUGUCAUCUGAGGCUAUACUUGAGAACCCAUACCUUUUCUCUGGGAAAAUGUAUAAUAACAUCGACAUAUUCGAAGAGUACCUAUCAAUUCUGAAAGGAUCCCCAAGACAAAAGAUUAGUUGUAUCAAAGGUCACGCCUUUAAAAUUCUUUACAAAUACAUUAAUCAACACCAUGAUAUCAGAACAGCCAUAUCAAACGCCAACACUAUAAAGAAAUUUGAGAAUGUUGUGUAUGAUCUCAGAAAUAUAGUUUCAAAGACGACACUUUCAUAUCCAGACACAUGGUAUAGGCGCUAUAGAACAGAAUCUCACAAAAAUGGGUUAAAUUGUCUCUCAGGAGAACGCUGUGUUGUAAAUGACUACGUUGAUAAUUUUGUUGGGAGUUUUAUGGCAAACUUUUAA